UCCUCUCGCGAGAGGGCCCGGCCGCCGGAAGUGCCCGCCCGCCAGCGCCAGUCGGUUGGGUCGACGCCGCGGGCCUAUCGCGUCCCUCCGUCUCUGCCCGGCUGCCGCCGCUGGACCACCAUGGACGAUACCCUGUUCCAGUUGAAGUUCACUGCAAAGCAGCUGGAGAAGCUGGCCAAGAAGGCGGAGAAGGACUCCAAGGCGGAGCAGGCCAAGGUGAAGAAGGCCCUUCAGCAGAAAAAUGUGGAGUGUGCCCGCGUGUACGCUGAAAAUGCCAUUCGCAAGAAGAACGAAGGUGUGAACUGGCUCCGCAUGGCAUCCCGUGUGGACGCUGUGGCCUCCAAGGUGCAGACGGCCGUGACUAUGAAGGGGGUGACCAAGAACAUGGCGCAGGUGACCAAGGCCCUGGACCGGGCGCUCAGCACCAUGGACCUGCAGAAGGUCUCGGCCGUGAUGGACAGGUUCGAGCAGCAGGUGCAGAACCUUGACGUGCACACAUCGGUGAUGGAGGACUCCAUGAGCUCGGCCACCACGCUGACCACACCGCAGGAGCAGGUGGACAGCCUCAUCAUGCAGAUCGCCGAGGAGAGUGGCCUAGAGGUCCUGGACCAGCUGAGCCAGCUGCCCGAGGGCGCCUCCGCCGUGGGCGAGAGCUCCGUGCGCAGCCAGGAGGACCAGCUGUCUCGGAGGUUGGCUGCCCUGAGGAAUUAGUGCACUGCCUCCAGCCUCGUGCGGGAAGGGCCGGAAAGGACACCCCUGCCUCCCUCCCCACCGGCCUUGUCUUUCUGAUGACCCCGACCCCGCAGCAGCAGCUGGCAGCCCUGCUGUUCUCGGCCCCUCACCUGCCAGGCCUGCCUGGACACCAUUCCUCUUCUCUUAGCAUGGGUGUGGGUCUGUGUCCUGGGGGGUGAGUUUGCACAAACUUCAGACUUCUCUGGGUAAUUUCUGUGACUCUGGCCCAACCAGCUGGGAAUCUGCAGGCCCCUCCACCAACCAUGCUCCAAGGAGUUGCUGAGGACUGGCCAGCGGUGGCCACAUGAAUGUGGGUACCUGCAGACUCCAGACUCCAUGUGAUGGCAGGUGUGCUGUCCGUGGGGGUCAGGGCUGCUCCCCAUUGCCAGGCAGCCCCCGUAGGCCCCCACUCCAGCUGGACCUCCCCCCUGCCAGCUGCCCCACCUAGCUCCCCAGUAUAAGACGCCCAGUUCCAAGUCCAGGCGUGCCCACUGGUGGUCUGCAUCCUCCGCCUACCACACCUCUGGAGGGCUCGGGCCCCGCAGGGGUGUCCUGUGUCUCCUCCAGGAGCCCAGAGUCUGUACUGAGGCCUCUCCUGUCACUGUAAAUAAUCGGGUGCCUUCCCUCGCUUGUCUGGCUCACCCUACCUUGUGGGCUCACACCGGCUACUUGAAGCCAGAGUGGCUGCUGGGAGAGUUGCCCUUGGCGAGCAGCGGCGGCAGCUCUCCCGACACGUGCUGGGCACCUAACAGAGCUUGGGACAGGCUGCAGUUUUCUAGUUUCCUAAUUCCCGAAGUUUAUUUCGUUUCUUGAAGCUUCCAGGGUUUGGGGUGGGGGAGUUGUUUGUUUUGCCAAAAGAAAAGGAAUGUGCAGCAGACAGGAGCUCUGGGCGUCAGCCCCUCUGCGACAUCCACUGAGGAGCGCUGCAUGGUCAGUGCCGGCCAGAGGCCAUCUGGCAUCCUCACAGUAAUGGCUCACAUGGAUGGAGAUGGAGCGCUUUCCCUGGCUCACUGUGUUUGGUGCUUCCUAGACUUGAGCCCCUGCGCGUUCGUGCAGUAAGGUGUAUGGGGUGCCCGGCACUCUGGACUGUGGCAUGAGACCCAAAGUGCCACCUGGCUUUUUUUCCGUGAUGCCGACCUCGCCCGGCUCCCUGGCCGUGGCCCCCAGUGGAUGCAGAGCUCCUCGGAGAUGCCGGGUUGGGGCAGAAGCCAAGUUUGCCUUUUCCUGGAAUGCUGUUGUGAGUAAAAGUUGAUUGCUGAGAA